ACGGACCUCGAAUGAAUGCACCUGCCCGUCGGGCCUGUGCGCUUCCACCGUGUUUAUAGUCACGCUGGUGCUGGUCCAGGGAACAGUGGCGCGUAUCCGUCGAGGGUUGGGUCAGCGCGCUGCACAAGAUGCGGGAGCGGUAGCUGUAGGCGAUGUAUAAGAAGCAAGCGUGAGGCAGAGUGCACUUCGCUUGACCCGACGGUCAAGCUUUUUCACGAUGGCACCAGGUCCAGCUAUUCGCGCCGCGCAGCCGCCGGUCGACUACCACCAGCUCGUCGACCCAAAAGCGAAGUGGUGGAAGAACAGCAGGCUUGUGAAGCUGAAUCUGUGGAUCCUUCUUCUUCUGAUAACCUCGACAGCGAAUGGCUACGAUGGAAGCAUGAUGAACGGUCUGCAGCUCAUCAGCCAGUGGGAAUCCGCUUUUGGAUUUCCCAGCGGGUCCAAGCUCGGGUUGCUUGGUGCCAUCCAGAACAUAGGCACUCUCGGUUCCUUGCCAUUUACGCCAUACCUAUGUGACGGCCUCGGCCGUAGAAGGACCAUCUUCAUUGGUGCUUUAAUCGUUGUUGCGGGUGCAAUCAUUCAGACUGCAUCACAGACGGUGGAGAUGUUUAUCGGGGCACGAUUCAUGAUGGGUUUUGGUCUCGGAUUUUGCACCGCAGCGUCGCCAAUGCUCGUCACCGAGAUAGCUUAUCCGACACAACGCGGCCCGGUCUCGUCUGUCUAUAACGCUCUAUGGCCCGCAGGUGCCGUCAUCGCCGCCUGGCUGACCUUCGGGACAUUCCAUAUCAACAACUCGUGGGCGUGGCGUCUCCCCUCCGCGGUACAAGCCGUCCCGUCCGUGCUGCAGAUCUUCCUCAUCCUCUUUGCGCCCGAAAGUCCGCGCUGGCUCAUGGCGAAGGGCCGCGAGCAGGAGGCGCUGCGCAUCCUCGCAUACUACCAUGCGAGAGGUAACGAGCGGGACCCGCUUGUGCAGUUCGAGUUCGAGGAGAUCCGCAACGCGAUCGAGAGUGAGAAGGUGCAGAAGCAGACGGGCUGGCUUCAGCUUGUGGCCACCCCCGGCAACAGGAGGCGCAUGCGGAUCAUUUUGGCGAUUGCCUUCUUCUCGCAGUGGAGCGGCAACGGUCUUGCGUCAUACUACUUGAAUAAGGUCUUUGCGACUAUUGGCAUCACGAACCCGACCGAACAGUUGAUCAUCAGCGCGUGCUUGAACGUCUGGUCUGCUAUUAAUGCAAUCAGCGGUGGGCUGUUCUGCGACAAGGUCGGACGUAGACCGCUCUUCCUCAUCUCCACAGCCGGAAUGUUGGUCUUCUUCAUCCUGCAGACCGUCUGCUCCGCGCAGUUUGCCCUUCAUGGGAACAAGGCUGCUGGUAACGCGGUCGUCGCCUUCUUAUUCAUAUACAGCGCAUUCUACGGAAUAGCCUACUCUCCGCUUAUCACAUCCUACACGCUCGAGAUCUUGCCCUUCAAUCUCCGUGCCAAAGGCUACACCAUCUUCAGCUUCGCAGUCUCGGCGUCGCUCGUCUUCAACCAGUACAUCAACCCGAUCGCGUUCGCUGCCCUGCAGUGGAAAUAUUACAUCGUUUACUGCGUGUGGCUUGCAUUCGAGCUGGUGUUUAUCUUCUUCUUCCUUGUUGAGACAAAAAAUCGCACCCUGGAAGAAACUGCUGUGCUCUUCGAUGGGUUGGGAAGCGUUCCCACCAAUAGGGCAAGUCCCGAUAUCGAUGUGGAGGUCGCUGACGUGUACGAGCACGAUGAGAAGAAGGAGUAAUCAUUUACUGACUUGGUUGACAAGAGAUAGCUUGGAGUCUUCGCAAUAUAUAUUAAUGUGGUCUCCUAUGACUUCAGGUACCGUUCAAUAAUGCUCUCUGUCACAGAUACUGUAGAAUAGUAAUGUGGUAUACCUGGCAAUUUGUGAGAUAC